AUGGCGGAAGUCGAGAACGGCUCUCCCCACGAGCCGGCCCAAACACCGCAGCCAGACGCCAAAGAGACCGGGGUCGAUGUCUCCACGCACCCCGAGUCCCCUGAGGUGGAUGAUGAAAACAAGCCCACGCUGCCGAUUGAGUCGGAGCGCUUAGAGAUUGAUACGGAUCAUACUCCAGAGGAUACCGAAUCGCAAGCCAAAUUGGUGCCUGCUGACAGCACAGAAUCCCCCGACAACGAUUCCUCUCCUCCGCAGGCCCCCGUCGAAUCCGCAGAGACCGGGGAGGAACCGCAGCCUUCGCUAGACCGGAAGGAGGAGGAAGAAGAAGAGGAAAAAGAAAAAGAAAGAGACACAGUGAGCCCGGCCGAGGAUUCAACGACCAGCCCCGAGAGGGACGCCCCUGGCGAGAAUAAGAAUGCCGAUGAUACAGUUCCCGCCCAGGAUGAGCCCGUUCCCGAUGCCCGAGUACGCUCGGAUUCAAGGUCGACAACGGCCACGUUUGCGACCCAGCGAUCUGUGCCCGUCAGCUCCACCGUUUUCAUAGUGACCGCGCUCGACACCAUUGGUGCAUCGAGGGAAGCACGCAAGAGCAAGGAACUCGAAGAGGCCGUGAAGAAUGCGCUGGCGAACGUGAAACAGUUGGACGGUCAACCCAUCGACCCCGAACUUAUUUUCCGCCCUCUAUACAUCGCAACAAAGAGCCUUAGUAUCCCCUUGCAAGUGACGGCGCUUGAUUGCAUUGGCAAAUUGAUCACAUAUUCCUACUUUGCCUUCCCUUCGGCGCAGGAUAUUCAAACCGAGGCCUCGGAGCAGCAGCUACAACAGCCACCUUUGAUCGAACGAGCCAUCGAUGCGAUCUGCGACUGCUUUGAAAACGAAGCCACGCCGGUGGAGAUCCAACAGCAAAUCAUCAAAUCCCUUCUCGCGGCAGUGUUGAAUGACAAAAUUGUGGUGCAUGGAGCGGGUCUCCUGAAAGCCGUUCGCCAGAUAUACAACAUUUUUAUAUACUCCAAGUCUAGUCAGAACCAGCAAAUUGCCCAGGGAUCUUUGACGCAGAUGGUGAGCACGGUGUUCGACAGAGUGCGUGUGCGACUGGAGUUGAAGGAAUUGCAUCUGCGCGAGGGUGAAAAGGGCCAGGGAGCUUCCUCGGACACCGUUGCCCUCGAACCUGAUGUGAUCCAGACGAACGAUGAAGAUCCUGUGUCGGAUGCAGCCUCCGCGACAGUUGUCGAUCAACCUGUCUUGAAAGAGCCCGUGGAAAAACUCACACUGCAAAGCUUCGAAUCAAGCAAGGAUGUCACCUCCGUCAACGAUAAUGCCCCAACAACGGUCACUCGUGCGAAGGUCGGCCAGACGCAUGCGAAGUCUUCAAGUGGGGGAUUUGAUGACAGAGAAGACACCGAUGGAUCUGCGGAUGAUGAUGAAGACGAGGUUUACGUCAAGGAUUCGUUCUUGGUAUUGAGGGCUCUCUGCAAAUUGAGCCAUAAGAUUCUCAGCCACGACCAGCAGCAAGAUUUGAAAUCGCCGCACAUGCGGUCGAAACUACUAUCCCUUCAUCUUAUCCAUUAUCUCAUUAACAACCACGUCGCUGUAUUUACGUCUCCGCUUUUGACGAUCCGACAGAGCUCCAAUAGCGCAGACGCUAUGACGCUUCUUCAAGCUGUCCGGCCCCAUUUAUGUCUGAGUCUCAGUCGCAAUGGAUCUAGCUCUGUGCCAAGAGUUUUUGAAGUUUGCUGCGAGCUAUUUUGGUUGAUGCUCAAGCACAUGAGGGUCAUGAUGAAGAAAGAGCUUGAGGUCUUCUUGAAGGAGAUCUAUCUCGCAAUUCUCGAGAAGCGGAACUCGCCCACCUUCCAAAAGCAAUAUUUCAUGGAGAUCUUGGAAAGGCUAGCGGGUGACCCGCGGGCGUUGGUUGAGAUAUACCUCAAUUACGAUUGUGACAGGACGGCGCUAGAAAAUAUUUUCCAGAACAUCAUCGAGCAAUUGUCACGGUAUUGUAGUGUACCAGUUGCUGUGAAUGCCUUGCAGCAGCAGACCUUCCAGGAGCACUAUGUUAAGAUCUCGAAGCUGGGGAGCGAAUGGCAUCAGCGUGGGACUCUGCCUCCUUCCCUCACAUCCGCCAAUAUUGCCAAUGCCCAGCAGCCCAAUCUGCAAAAUGUACCUCCAGAGUAUAUACUGAAGAAUCAAGCCGUUGAGUGUUUGGUGGAGAUUCUGCAAUCGUUAGACAACUGGGCCUCGGAACAGCCAGCCGCUGUUCCGAAUCAUUCGUCGCAAAAGUCCAUGGAUAACUCUAGGGAAUCCCUCGACACAAACGUCGGCGCCUACCUAUCCUCACCGAGGGUUGAUGGUGAUGGCAGCACCGGUCGGUCAACGCCAGUGGCCGAAGAUGACCCUGGCCAGAUAGAAAAGGUUAAGCAGCGGAAGAUUGCUCUCACGAACGCCGUUCAGCAAUUCAACUUCAAACCCAAGCGUGGUAUCAAGCUCUUUGUGCAAGAGGGCUUCGUACGGUCCGACUCCCCAGAAGACAUGGCGGGCUUCCUCUUCCGAAACGACCGGUUGGAUAAAGCCAUGCUCGGCGAAUAUCUUGGUGAGGGGGAUGCUGAAAAUAUAGCCAUUAUGCACGCCUUCGUGGACAUGAUGGAAUUCGCGAAGCGACGCUUUGUGGAUGCCCUCCGUCAGUUUCUCCAGCACUUCCGACUCCCGGGAGAGGCCCAGAAGAUCGAUCGAUUCAUGCUCAAGUUUGCUGAGCGGUACACAACUCAGAACCCAAAUGCUUUUGCUAAUGCCGACACCGCUUACGUCCUGUCGUACUCUGUUAUCAUGCUCAAUACCGAUCAGCACAGCUCCAAGAUCAGGGGCAAUCGCAUGACCAAGGAGGACUUCAUCAAGAACAACAGAGGCAUCAAUGAUAAUCAGGAUCUGCCGAAUGAUUACCUGGGAGCUAUUUAUGAUGAGAUUCAGACGAAUGAAAUCGUGCUUGACACCGAGAGAAAGCAUGCUGCCGACGUCGGAAUCCCCACAUCCACACCGGCUGGCUUGGCCUCUCGGGCCGGGCAGGUCUUCGCAACUGUGGGACGGGACAUCCAAGGCGAGAAGUAUGCACAGGCGUCCGAAGAAAUGGCGAACAAAACCGAGCAACUUUACCGAAGCCUCAUCCGGGCCCAACGAAAAACCGCUGUCAAAGAGGCCCUGUCACGUUUCAUUCCCGCUACUUCCGUCCGACAUGUCGGCUCAAUGUUCAACGUUACUUGGAUGUCUUUCCUUUCCGGUCUUUCUGCUCCCAUGCAGGACACCCAAUACCUGGAAAUCAUCAAGCUCUGCAUGGAGGGAAUGAAGCUUGCUAUUCGCAUUAGCUGUGCGUUCGACUUGGAGACUCCUCGGGUCGCAUUCGUGACGGCGCUUGCCAAGUUCACAAAUCUGGGCAACAUCAGAGAGAUGGUGGCCAAGAACGUGGAAGCAUUGAAGGUCUUGCUCGACGUCGCUUUGUCGGAAGGGAACCGGUUGAAGAGCUCUUGGAGAGAGAUCCUGACCUGUGUCAGUCAACUUGACCGACUCCAGCUCCUGACGAAUGGCGUUGACGAAGGAUCUUUGCCUGAUGUAUCUCGAGCUCGCAUUGUGCCCCAGGCCUCUUCGGAUGGCUCCCGCAGGUCGAUUCAAUCGGCCAGACGACCCCGUCCGCGAUCGGUAAAUGGUCCGGCAGCCUUUCGAGCAGAAGUCGCUAUGGAAAGUCGAUCCGCCGAAAUGAUCAGGGGCGUAGAUCGCAUUUUCACAAAUACUGCCAAUCUCUCCCACGAGGCCAUCAUCGACUUUAUCCGAGCGUUGAGCGACGUGAGCUGGCAGGAAAUUCAAUCCUCAGGACAGACAGACUCUCCUCGGACGUACAGUUUGCAGAAACUGGUCGAAAUCAGUUACUACAACAUGACCCGAGUCAGGAUCGAAUGGUCAAAGAUCUGGGAGGUCCUCGGACAACACUUCAACCAUGUCGGGUGUCAUUCAAACACAACAGUUGUCUUCUUUGCGUUGGACUCGCUUCGUCAACUCUCCAUGCGCUUCAUGGAGAUUGAGGAGCUGCCGGGAUUCAAGUUCCAAAAGGACUUCCUUAAGCCGUUCGAGCAUGUCAUGGCCAACAGUAAUGCCGUGACGGUCAAGGAUAUGAUUCUGCGAUGUCUCAUACAGAUGAUUCAGGCGCGGGGUGACAAUAUUCGAUCCGGUUGGAAAACUAUGUUUGGCGUGUUCACAGUUGCUGCCCGGGAGCCCUACGAGGGCAUUGUCAACAUGGCUUUUGAGCAUGUCACUCAAGUCUACAACACUCGUUUCGGUGUUGUGAUCACACAGGGCGCCUUCCCCGAUCUGGUCGUUUGCCUCACGGAGUUUUCUAAGAACAUGAAGUUCCAGAAGAAGUCCCUACAGGCGAUUGAACUCCUUAAGUCUACCGUCACGAAAAUGCUCAGGGCACCAGAAUGCCCUCUCUCCCACCGUGGCGCCCAAGCCCAGGAGGUCAUCAUUGACUCUACAAACCUUGCGAAACAGCUCACCCGCCAGUCCAAGGAGGAGCAAUUUUGGUACCCCAUUUUGAUCGCCUUCCAAGAUAUCCUGAUGACCGGAGAUGAUCUUGAAGCUCGAUCACGGGCAUUGACGUAUCUUUUCGAUACAUUGAUCCGACACGGUGGUGAUUUCCCUCAAGAGUUUUGGGACGUUCUUUGGCGGCAGCUUCUCUACCCCAUCUUCGUUGUGCUGCAGUCGAAGUCUGAAAUGUCUAAAGUACCGAACCACGAGGAACUUUCGGUGUGGCUUUCGACGACGAUGAUCCAGGCGCUCAGGAAUAUGAUUACUCUUUUCACGCAUUAUUUCGACGCGCUGGAGUACAUGCUCGACCGCAUUCUGGAGCUCCUAACUCUUUGCAUUUGCCAAGAAAACGACACGAUUGCCCGCAUCGGUAGUAACUGUUUACAGCAACUGAUACUUCAGAAUGUCUUGAAGUUCAGACAAGAACAUUGGACCAAGGUUGUGGGUGCCUUCGUUGAGCUUUUCAGCAAGACUACCGCCUAUGAGCUGUUCACGGCCGCCGCGACCAUCUAUACGAAGUCGCCGAACUCACAGAAACCCGCCAAUGGUGAGACGGACGGCUCCGAGGAUGGCGCGCCAGAAUCGACCGACUCGGCAUCAGUCCCAGAGAAUUUCGGCGACUCUUCGAAGACCAACGGAUUGCAGCAUGUGGAACAUGAGCAUGAGGAGGGUGACAUGCCUGCUGCGUCCAACGCCGAGUUGGAGGACUAUCGGCCCCAAGCCGAUGUGCAACAGCAGCCAGCCGCCGUCACCGUCGCACGACGUCGGUUCUUCAACCGAAUCAUAACUAACUGCGUGCUUCAAUUGCUCAUGAUUGAGACCGUACACGAAUUGUUUUCCAACGAUAAAGUCUAUGCACAGAUUCCGAGUCAUGAACUUCUCCGGUUGAUGGGACUGCUGAAAAAGAGUUACCAAUUUGCUAAGAAGUUCAAUGAAGACAAGGAUCUCCGGAUGCAACUCUGGCGCCAAGGCUUCAUGAAGCAGCCCCCGAAUCUGCUGAAGCAGGAGAGUGGGAGUGCCGCGACUUACGUACAUAUUCUUUUCCGCAUGUACCACGACGAGAGGGAAGAGAGGAAGAGCAGCCGAGCGGCAACAGAAGCCGCCCUCAUCCCACUCUGUGCCGACAUUAUUCGCAGCUUUGUCCUCUUGGAUGAAGAUUCGCAACAUCGCAACAUAUUAGCCUGGCGCCCCGUUGUUGUUGAUGUUCUCGACGGCUACACCAACUUCCCACAUGAAGGCUUUGAUAAGCAUGUUGUGACCUUCUACCCACUGUGCGUUGAGCUGCUAAGUCGCGACCUGAACCCUGAAAUCCGGGUGGCACUUCAGGCCCUUCUUCGGAGAAUCGGUGAGGCGAAGUUGGGUAUUCCUGUGGCGCCGACGCCCAUCAGUCCGAGGAAGUCCAUUUCCCAGUCAUCCACCCGCAAACCCAGUAGUUAG